AUUUUUAAUAGCCCUUCCACCGAUCGAAAUUCGAAACCCUCAGCCGCUGCUCCAAGAUUUCAGGGUUAAACCCUAUAUCCCUAUCAUACCCUUCCUCCAAGGCUCCAACUCGCUCUUGGUCUUUGGAAACGAGGACAUGCCAGUUGAAUCGAACACCACUGAGCCUCAAUUCCGGCCGUUGCCGACAGCCAGAGAUAAGAUGAGCUCGUCACUCGAAACCGAGACUCUGGUGGAAGCAGCCCUCAGAAUCCUUAACACACCAGACCCGUUUGAGAAGGCGCGAUUAGGCGAUUGGGUUGCUUCUCAAUGGCUCCAGGGCUCCAUCUCUCUUGCUUACGACCCUGAUCUCCAAUUCUCAGUGCCAGAACGCCCAGCCCGGCUCCCCGACGUUAAGUUGGUGGCACCUGGGUUGAUGCCGAAGCUUGGUAAAGCUGGUAGCUUGCAGAGUAGACAGGCUAUUGUCCAUAGCCUUGCUCACAUUGAGAGCUGGGCUAUCGAUCUCUCUUGGGAUAUAAUUGCGCGUUUCGGUAAGCAAGAGGCGAUGCCAAGAGAAUUCUUCACAGAUUUUGUGAAGGUAGCUCAGGAUGAGGGGAGACACUUCACCCUCUUAGCCAAACGUCUAGAGGAAUUGGGUUCUUCUUAUGGUGCUUUACCUGCUCAUGAUGGGCUUUGGGACUCUGCUAUGGCUACAUCCAAGAGUCUGCUGACACGGUUAGCAGUAGAGCAUUGUGUGCAUGAGGCCAGGGGACUGGAUGUUCUGCCAACAACCAUCUCUCGAUUCCGGAGUGGAGGGGACAAUGACACUGCAAAUCUACUGGAGACGGUCAUUUACCCAGAAGAGAUCACUCAUUGCGCUGCUGGAGUAAAAUGGUUUAAGUUCCUGUGCUUAAGGUCUGCAACUCCAGCUUUACUUGUUUCUCAACAAGCGGAAGGGAGACAGCCUGAGCCCGCCAGAGAGGAGGAUGAAGAGAUGGUGAUUCAGAAGUUCCAUUCUGUUGUCAGGAGUCACUUCAGAGGGCCUCUCAAGCCACCUUUCAAUGCUGAAGCAAGGAAAGCUGCUGGCUUUGGCCCUCAAUGGUAUGAACCACUUGCCGUCAAAGAUGUUGCCACAGAAUCCCAAUAG